AUGGGUAAAGCACAGAAAAAGACAGGCAAGGGCCGGCUUGACAAGUACUACAAACUUGCAAAGGAGCAAGGUUACCGAGCUCGGUCCGCCUUCAAGCUCAUACAACUGAACAAGAAAUAUUCAUUCUUGGAGUCAGCUCGAUGCUGCAUUGAUCUGUGCGCUGCACCGGGUGGUUGGUUGCAGGUGGCGAGCAAGUACAUGCCAGUGAACAGUGUAAUAGUCGGCGUUGACCUUGUCCCCAUCAAACCCAUUCCUCGUGUCGUAACUUUUGCUUCGGACAUUACCACUCCCCAAUGUCGCAAUCUCAUCCGGAACGAGCUGAAGGAUUGGAAAGCUGACGUCGUGCUGCACGAUGGUGCACCGAAUGUCGGUACCGCCUGGGUGCAAGAUGCAUAUAGCCAGUCUGAGCUGGUACUCAUGAGCAUGAAGCUUGCUGCGGAAUUCCUCGUCAAGGGCGGGACUUUCGUCACGAAGGUUUUCAGAAGUGCGGACUACAACAACCUUAUCUGGGUGUUCAAGCAGUUGUUCGGCCGGGUUGAGGCGACGAAGCCGCCAUCAUCUCGAAUUGUGUCUGCGGAAAUCUUUGUCGUCUGCCGAGACUUCCUUGCGCCCAAACAGAUUGACCCCAAGUUCUUCGAUCCCAAACACGUCUUUAAGGACCUCUCUACCUCGCUUCCGGCUGAUGACGACAAGGGGACCUCGUCCAAGAAUUACCAAGCCAAUGUCUUCCAACCAGAGAAGAAACGGCGUAAUCGCGACGGCUAUAACGAUGGCGACUAUAUCCUGUUCAAAAAGUCCGGUGCAGCAGAGUUCGUACGAUCUCAAGAACCAAUCGCGUUCCUCGGCAGCGUGAACAAGAUUACAUUUGAGACGAACGAGGAGAAGGAGUGGCUAAUGUUGGACGUUACCACACCCGAUGUCGUUGCGAACUGCGACGAUCUGAAAGUGUUGGGCAAAGGUGAUUUCAAGACUUUGGUCAAGUGGCGGACGGCUCUUCGGGAAGAGCUCGGUCUGGAGGUCAAGACGAAGCCAACUGAAGAGGUCACUGAAAUUGUUGAGAUUGUCGAGGAGGUCGAUCAGGAAGAAGAGAUACAGAACGAGCUGGAGCGACUCCAUGCGGAAGCGGCAGCUCGUACCAAGAGAGAACGUCGGCGUGCCAACGAGAUCAGAACUCGUACGAUCCAGCGUAUGCAACUGCAAAUGACGGCGCCUCUCGAUAUUGGUUUGGAACAGAGUGACGCGGCGCUUCGAGACGGCCAAGAGGACAUCUUUGAUUUGAACGACGCUACCAAGCUUCUGAGAAGCAAGGGCGGGAUAAAGGGGUUUGUUAACGGGGAGGACGCAGACAGCGAGAGUAACAGCGAAGUACUAGGUGAAGACGAGGAUAACGAGCUGUGGGAUUCUGAAGAUGAGCGGGAUAAAAAGGUGACAGAACUUGAGGCAGAGCUGGAUGGGAUGUACGAUGCGUACAGGGACCGACUGCGAGAGCUGGACGCGAAGUACAAGGUGAAGGAGGCCCGGAAAAACAACAAGGAGCGAGAAGAAUGGCAGGGUAUCCGACAGGAUGAUGGCGAUGAAGGUGACUCAGACGAGGGGAGUGGGGACGAGGGCGGAUAUGAGCGAAUAGAAACCGCAAGGGCCAGAGCAGGGGAGGAUUCCAGUUCUGACGAGAGCGACGAAGAGACAGAGGAGGGGUACAACGUGGGCAGACUAAAGCGGAGAAGAGGUGAAGAGUCCGAUUUCACAGCGCCGGAGUCGAAAAGGGCACGAACCAUAGUGAAGCUGGACGAGUCCAAGUCGCACCUCAGUCAAGUCGCCAAAGUCUGGUUCAGCCAAACUUGUUUUACUGGCGCGGAGGAUGACAUGGCAGAGUCCGAAGAUGAGGAUGUUAUGGAUGAGGACAAGGAACUUGUUCCGGACGACGAGAGGCGAGAUGAGGUAGAUUCCAGUGAUGACAACGACUUCGAGGUAGUGCCUCAAGAUGAUGAUGACGAUGCCGACAUGUGGGACGUAGAAAACGGGAACGAGGAUGGUAUCAGGCAAGCACAAAUACAAAAGCAAGGUCUUCUCAGCGCUGAAGCCGUAACUAUCGCGCAGCAACUAGUCAACAGGGAAAAGACUCGAACGCAGUUGAUCAACGACGGGUUCAAUCGCUACUCUCUGAACGCCAAAGACGGUCUUCCGUCAUGGUUCCUAGAUGACGAGGAAAAACAUUACAAGGCAAACAUCCCAGUCACGAAGGAAGCCGUUGCAGCUCUUCGUGCGAAGAUGCGCGCACUCGACGCUCGCCCCAUCAAAAAGAUCGCCGAGGCCAAGGCUCGGAAGAAAUUCAAAGCGGCUCAGAGGCUGGAGAAAGCAAUGAAGAAGGCAGAGGGAGUGAACGCUACCGCCGACAUGACGGAGAGGGAAAAGGCGAAGCAGAUCGAGAAGCUAAUGCAGAAGGGUAUGUCGACGAAGAAGCAAAAGAAAGAAGUCAAGGUAGUCGUCGCGAAGGGUGCCCACAAAGGUCUGAAGGGAAGACCGAAAGGAAUUAAGGGUCGUUAUGUGAUGGUUGAUUCCCGAAUGAAGAAAGAGGUCCGGGCAAAGAAGCGGCAAGAAAAGGCAAGCAAAAAACGGAAGCACGCUUGA